ACAUAAAAUAAAAAGGAGGGGACUUUCACUUUUCUCUCUCUUGUUUUUUUUUCCCUAUAGAAAAGGCCAAAUUUGUUUGUCAGUGGCCAAUUCAUAUCAUUCAAUUUUGGUUCUCUUUUGCAUGGCACUGUCACUUGCUGGUUAGCUACCUCUGGUGAAAGUGAAGACUUGUUUUUUGAAGAUAUUCAUGGCGGCAGGGGAUGGUUGGGAUGCUGAAAAAAUGCUGGACCUUUACUUGCACGAUUAUUUGCUGAAGAAGAAUAUGCAUGAGACUGCUACAGCUUUCAGAAAAGAGGCCGGUAUUUCCAACCAUUCUGUUGUGAUUGAUUCUCCCCAAGGGUUCUUACAAGAAUGGUGGUCACUAUUUUAUGACUUAUUUGCCUCUAGGCAACCAAAGCUUCAAGAGUACUCUGAAGCAGAAACCUCUGCUAAGGCUGAAAAAUUAGAAGAUCAAUCACAAAAUUUUGUUCCAAUAAUUUUGUCGCGAUCAAUGGUAAAUCAGCAAAGGCCUGGACAGGUUCCUAUUCCCAGAGAUUUUGAUUCCAAUUUGCGAUCAUUUGAAACUAACCAACUGAGGCUCCCAAAUUCAGUUGCUACCAGUUCAAGCCUUCUGCAACAGCAGAUAAAUCUCGCUCAGUAUCAAGUUAAGAGGGAGCGAAGUGGCAUUAGCUUGGGGAGAACCAUUCCUAUAAAUCCAACCACCCCCUAUGGGCCACAAAAAGGCAAACUCCCUGUAACUGGACCUCAUACUGCAGGAUUGAAUGAAUCAAUUGAUUCAGCAGCACUUAUUGGAUGGCCUUUGGAUGCACCAAACUAUCAGCAACAAUUUCAGAUAUUGAAUUGUCAACCUGAGAUAUUAGCUCAGGGGCUGUCACAUAUGCCCAGAAACCUGACAUCUACUUUUCCUGGAAGCUCUGCCAAAUUCAAUUAUCGUAAUCUGGUCCUACCCAAUACUGAAAUAAUUGAGCAUAAGAGACCGAUGAUGAUCCAAACAAUGCAAACUGAAGAACAUCAAAAACAAGAUAAUAUACUACAGCAACAGCAGACUGGAAGAAAGAAGAAGAAGCUAUCAAAUUCAAGGGUGGCAGAUAAGAAAUUGGAUUGUAUCAAAGCUGAGGAGAAUAAACCUGUUGAUGACACUGUUGAGUCUUUUCUGUCCCAUGAUGAUGAUAAUAUUGAUAAUACAAGCACUCCUUUCAGAAUUUUACGACGCCGUUCCAACACUUCCAAUAAAAAUGAACAUAAAGGCUUCACCUUUGGAGAAGUUAGUUGCCUCCACUCAAGCAAAAGCAAAGUCUUGUGCUGCCAUUUUUCCUCAGAUGGGAAGUUUCUGGCUACUGCGGGGCAUGAAAAGAAGGUCAUGAUAUGGAACAUGGAAACUCUUGAUUUUGUUAAAACUUCAGAGGGCCAUUCUCUUCUAAUUACUGAUGUUCGUUUUAGACCAAGUUCAACCAUAUUUGCAACAUCUUCCUUUGACAAGACUGUCCAAAUAUGGGAUUCUGCCAAACCAAGCAAAUCACUUUUCAAGCUUGUGGGGCAUGCUGAACAGGUGUUGUCAUUAGAUUUCCAUCCUAGAAACGUUGAUCUCCUUUGUUCCUCUGAUAGUAACAAUGAGAUGCGAUUAUGGAAUAUCAACCAACGUUCUUGCAUACAUGUCUCUAAGGGAGCUACUAAACAAGUCAGAUUCCAGCCUGGACUAGGAAAGUUAAUUGCAACUGCUUCGGGAAAUGUUGUCAAUAUAAUUGAUGUUGAGACCAAUAAGCCCCAAUUUUGUUUGAAGGGACAUAACAAAGAAGUUCUUUCAAUUUGCUGGGAUCCAAGUGGCAAGUAUAUUGCCUCCAUUAGUGAAGAGAGUGCACGAGUGUGGUCAGUGUCUGGCGGAGAAUGCUUGCACGAAUUGCGUUCAACAGGCAACAAGUUCCAGUCCUGCACAUUUCAUCCAGGGUAUUCACUACUCUUGGUCAUUGGUGGCUACCAGUCUGUUGAAUUAUGGAAUCCAGUUGAAAGCAAUAAAACAUGGACAGUUGAAGCACACAGAGGAUUAAUUUCUUCACUGGCAGAUUCUCUACAGACUGAAAUGUUAGCCUCUACAAGCCAUGACCAGUGUGUUAAGAUAUGGAAGUAAAGAUGCCCUCCAUGAGAAAUCAAGCAUUUGCUUGUACCAGUGGCAUGCGUAAAAAUGAAGCAUUUUUGGAUGAAGAAGUUAGUGACAACCGCAGGUAAACUAAACAGUCAAGACAAGUACCAUGUUAGCAGUUGCGCCCUUUUUGUGGCAGAAUAUUUAAAAGUAUAGAUAGAUUAUACUCACAUCUUAUCAUAUUACCUACAGACUGAAAAAUUUACAACCAAAAGUAGAAAAAUGAAAUACAACCGUAGCAUAAAAUGCUGGUUUUUGUUUUCUCUUUUCUUGUUGGCUAAUCUUUUGGACUUGUAUCCUUUUCUUUUAAAUGGGAAAUGAAAGAAUAUUUUUAAAAUUGUUGAUCUCUAUUAGAAGAAUGAAGUUUUAAUUUGUUUUCAUGUAAUAUGUUCUUUUCCUUUGUCCACAUGAAACAUGGGUCUAACUCAAUCCAAGUUAUUUGAGGGUCAGGUAACUUACAUUAGCAUAAUCUUUAUCUAAAUCCACGUCCAUGAAAACACUGAU